UUCGACGACGCGACCUUGUGUUCAGUGUUUCUCAUCUCAACACAACACAACACAACACACACACCAAACACCGCAUCCAUCCAACACGUCCACUGCCACUGCACCAACCACGCAUCAUGUCGAAGUUCAUGGAGCUGGCUGACGCGCCCACCAAGGAGAAGGAGCUGUACCAGCCCUCGAACCAUGCGCGCAAGGGCGCACACGUGGCAUCUCUCGCCGAGUAUGAGAAGAUGUACCGCGAGAGCAUCGAGAACCCGGAGGCGUUCUGGACGAGGAUUGCAGAGCAGUUCCACUGGGAGAAGAAGUGGGACGAGUUUCACAGCUGGAACUACGACCGUGAGCAAGGCCCCGUCAAGAUCUCCUGGUUCAAAGGCGGCCUGACGAACAUCUGCUACAAUGUGCUUGACCGGCACGUGGAGGCUGGCCGUGGCGACCGCGUUGCCUUCUUCUGGGAGGGCAACGAAGUGGCUGACCAAGCGACGGUGACAUAUGCGCAGCUGCUGGACCGCGUCAAGCGCACGGCCAACGUCCUCAAGUCCCUCGGGGUGAAGAAGAGCGACACGGUGGCCAUCUACCAGCCAAUGAUCGUCGACCUCGUCGUCGCCAUGCUCGCAUGCGCACGCAUCGGCGCCGUGCACUCCAUCGUCUUUGGCGGGUUCAGUGCCGAGGCGCUGGCUGAUCGUAUCAUCGACGCAAAGUCAAACGUCGUCUUCACAGCCGACGGGUCGUUCCGCGGGUCGAAGUUUGUUGACCUCAAAUCCCUCACGGACGAGGCCCUCGCCAUCUGCUCCAAGCGCGGGUUUUCGGUUGAGCACUGCAUUGUGUCGCGCAACGUGCGGGAGAAGCGCCCGACGGAGAUGCAGUGGCACAACGGCCGCGACAAGUGGUUUGACGAACUGGAGGCACAGGCCUCUGCAGAUUGCGCGCCGGAGUGGGUGGACGCCGAGCACGAGCUCUUCCUCCUCUACACCAGCGGAUCGACUGGGCGGCCCAAGGGCGUUGUGCACACGCAUGGUGGAUAUAUGGUGUGGACCGCAACCACCCACAAGUACACGUUCGACUACCACGACGAUGACGUGAGUGGUGUGCAGCUCAGAUCUGUCAUGUUGUGUGGCUGUUUGUGUGCGCGGCGGGAUGCCGACGGUUACUACUGGAUCACGGGGCGCAUCGAUGACGUCAUCAACGUGUCCGGCCACCGCCUGGGCACCGCGGAGCUGGAGAGCGCGCUGGCGCAACACGAGGCCGUGGUGGAGGCCGCCGUCGUCGGCUACCCGCACGAGAUCAAGGGCGAAGGCAUCUACUGCUAUGUGGUGCUGAACCCCGGGUUUGAGUUCGGCCCGCAGCUUGUGAAGGAGCUCAAGCAGCACGUGCGCCAACACAUUGGACCCUUUGCACAGCCAGACCUCAUCCAGUACGCACCCGGCCUCCCAAAGACCCGAUCCGGCAAGGUGAUGCGUCGUAUCCUGCGCAAGAUUGCCAGCAAGGAGGAGAGCUCACUCGGCGACACGUCUACGCUCGCCGACCCCUCCGUUGUCGACGCCAUCAUCGAGAACCGCGUCCACUAGUCACCAACACGGGGUGGAAUGCCACGAAGGAAGAGGGGCAAAGAGCUGCUGCAACAGCUGCUGUUGUUGGUGGUGUUGUGUGGUACAUGCGACUGCCUGCGUUUCCUUCGUUGUGCUUGUCGUUGUGUGCUGUUGUCUUCUUGUGCACCUUUUUUCCCGUGCUGUCGCGUUGUUGCUUUCUUACAUGCUUGAGUUGCGUGCUGUAGCUGGUAGACCAUCAUCGUGCGUGGGUGUGGUUUGUGGUUGCAUCGUGAGCGACGUGGUGCAUGGUGCAUUCAUUGUGCGUGACGUCGCGACUGUCGACUGAGACGUUGUUUCUGUUGCUGCGGUUUAGAAUGAACGGAACCACGACCCGAA